CCGCCCCUACCUACCUCACCAAACUCCGCCUCUCAACUGCGUAUUUAGAGCCUCCCAAGUGAACCCUCUCGUGUGGGACACCCAAAAUCCCGCUGUCGCUGAACACCAUUCCCCUGUUGUUAUUCAGUUAAAAAACCCCACCGGAUACGUCACCCAGGCUCAGUAUCCCCUCUCUUCCCAAAGCCUCAAAGGGUUAAAACCUAUAGUCUCUGACCUUCUGAGAAAAGGGCUGCUUCGCCCCACCUCUUCCCCCUUUAACACUCCAAUAUUGGCUGUCAAAAAAUCUAACGGAACUUAUCGUUUGGUUCAGGACCUCCGGCUCAUUAACUCUGCUGUGGUACCUCUACACCCGGUCGUGCCUAAUCCUCUCACUUUGUUGUCCACCAUUCCUUCAGGGACCUCCCACUUCUCCGUCUUGGACCUCAAGGAUGCCUUUUUCUCUAUUCCCCUCAGCCCUCAAUCUCAAAACAUCUUUGCUUUCACCUGGACAGAUCCUGAUACUAAUUUUUCUACACAGCUCACCUGGACCGUUCUCCCUCAGGGAUUCCGGGACAGCCCACACCUCUUUGGCCAGGCUCUGGCCUCUGAUCUGCUUUCUCUGCCUCUCCCUAAAUCAAAGCUUAUACUCUAUGUCGAUGACAUCCUGCUGUGUAGCCCAUCUUUGGAGACCAGCAGGACUGACACUGCCGCCUUAUUAAAUUUUUUAUCCAAAAAGGGCUACAGAGUCUCACCAGGCAAAGUUCAAUUGUCCACGACUCAGGUAACAUAUUUGGGAUUGACCAUAACCCCAACACAAAAGGCUAUUACUCUGGACAGAAAAAGACUAAUUCAAUCUCUUGCAGUUCCUUCCACCAAAGAAGAGGUUUUAUCAUUCCUGGGAGUGGCUGGUUUCCUGCGUUCCUGGAUACCCUCCUUCUCCCUCCUUGCUCGCCCGUUAUAUGAAGCAGCUCUCGGCUCUCUACAUGAGCCCCUUCUUCACCCCAUCACAAAACCUUUCCGGAGACUCCAGCAGGCCCUGAUCCAAGCCCCAGCCCUCCAUCUUCCGGAUUUAACCCGCCCCUUUUCUCUUUACGUAGCAGAGAAAGAGGGCUAUGCCCUGGGAGUCCUAGGACACCAACUGGGACCCUCCUUUGCACCUGUAGCUUACCUAUCAAAGAAGAUGGACCUUACCACCCGGGGCUGGGCACCCUGCAUACGUGCUUUGGCAGCUGCUGAACUUCUUAUUCGUGAGUCAAAAAAGCUAACCUUUGGAGCACCUACUACAGUUUUCUCUCACCAUAACCUGUCUAACCUCUUAACCUACAAAGGUCUACAAACCUUACCCCCUUCUCGAGUUCUUUCCCUUCAGGUGGCGCUGAUGGAAGAUACGAGCAUCAAUUUCCAAUCUUGCCAACCUCUCAAUAUUUCAAAUCUUCUACCUCAACCUAAUGCUAAUGAUUCCCCAUCUCACUCCUGCAUUGAGGUCCUAGAGGACCUACUACCCCACCCCUCACAUAUACAGGAGGGCAGUCUGUCCCAGGCUACUCACACCUGGUACACAGACGGCAGCUCCUUUCUAUGUGACGGGACGCGCAAAGCAGGUUAUGCCAUAGUGUCAGAUACAGAGAUAAUCGAGGCCAGGGCACUACCUGCCCUUACAACAAAUCAACAAGCCGAACUGAUAGCUCUCACCCGAGCUUUUCAGUUAGCCGCGGGACAGUCUUUAAAUGUUUACACAGAUUCCAAAUAUGCCUUUCAUAUUCUGUUGUCUCAUGCAGCCAUCUGGAAGGAGCGCGGACUUCUCACGGCGAAGGGAGGAUCCAUUACCAACUCAGAGCAUAUUAUGAACUUACUAAAAGCUUCUUAUCUCCCUAAAGCUAUAGGAAUUAUUCACUGCCGGUCUCAUCAAUCUGACAGUUCCAUUGUCUCCAAGGGAAACAACCGAGCGGACAGAGCAGCUAAGAUGGCAGCACUCCAGAAUACAGGCCUGCCUCGGCUACCUCAGGGAGUAUUUACAGUACAGCCCACAGUCCCACAGGCAUCUCCCAACACCCGACAGAUCCUGUCCUACCUACACCAGCUUUUUCAUCCCAAUGAAAAAGCCCUACUUCAUUUUGUAAAAACACAUGUCAAACCCACACCUGACGAUAUCAGGUUUUUAAAAGCCACCACUGCUUCCUGUCAGAUCUGCCAAAAGUCAGAUCCCAGGACCAAAUAUCGCAGCUUCCCUUUUCCUACCCACCAAGCCAGAGGUUCUCUCCCGGGAGCCGACUGGCAACUGGAUUUUACUCAUAUGCCCACAGUCAGGAAAAUUAAAUAUCUCCUGGUUCUGGUGGAUACAAUGUCUGGAUGGGUUGAAGCUUUCCCCACCUCUAACAAGAGAGCCCAGACAGUCUCUGACAUUCUUCUCCGAGAGAUUAUCCCUAGGUUUGGAUUCCCAGCCUCUCUCCAGUCAGAUAACGGUCCAGAGUUUACGUCACAGAUCUGUCAAACCCUGUCCAAGGCACUCGGAAUCCCCUGGAACUUUCAUAUCCCCUACCAUCCACAGUCUUCAGGUAAGGUAGAACGAACUAACCGCUCUCUAAAGACAGCCCUUAUGAAGAUGUCACAGGAACUUCACCUCGAUUGGGUAAGACUUCUGCCCCUUGCUCUUCUCAGGCUCCGGGCCCUCCCCAAGGGUCCCCUCUUCAUUUCACCUUUUGAACUUAUGUAUGGGCGGCCAGUUUUAACACCCGGCCUCUCACCAGAAACCUCCCCCCUGCCCGAUCACCUGCUCACCCCUCUUCUUUCACACCUGCGUUCACUUCUAUGGGACUUUGCGGAUCACGCUCUACCUCAGCCCUGCACUGACGCAUGUUUUCCACCAAUUAAAAUAGGUGAUGAGGUAUUGCUCUCACCCCCAGGUCAACGCCCCUCACCUCUUGCCCCUAAAUGGCAGGGACCCUUUAGAGUAAUUCUUUUAACUCCCACAGCUGCUAAGCUAAAAGGGGUUCCCCACUGGAUCCAUCUGACACACCUCAAGCCCUUUAUUUCCACAGCUCAAAAUAAUCCUUCAUACACGGUAACCCAGACGGGACCCUGUUCCCUUAAGUUCCAAAAGACACCUGGCUUAGCCCCUCCUACCCCAUCUGCCACCUAAUUCUCCUGCGUUAAUACAUCUUUCCUUCUCCAAAAUUCUAAAUAACUAUUCAGCUGCCAUUACAGAUCAUCAAAUACGAAGCCAAGGGCUCCAGCGGUAAGCAGAUUUU